UCCAAUAUAGUUUUCCUAAGUUACUCUCAGAAAGCUGGCACUGAAAGACUGAAGAGAAUUUAUUUUUUUUCUUUGCAGAAAUUUGGUGUCAUCUGAGUUAAAAGAAGAAUUUAUGGAUUCUUAAGUUAGAAGGACCAAGAAAAUCUCUACCAUUUAUCUGGAAAGGGCAGGAAGAGCAGGCAUUCGGUCCUGGGCUGCUGCUGCCAUGGAGGAAAAAACUGGCAGGGCUCCAGUGUAUAGCCGGGAUUCAGCCACUAGUCCUACUGCUGACCAGAGCUUCAACUUUUAUCCCAUGGAUCUCUACGACUCUGAAGACAGGCUGCCAAUCUUUCCAGAAGAAAAAAUUCAAAUGAGAGGAGAAGUCCUGAAAGAACCAAAGAGAGGUGAGAGGAUCCCAGAAUUAAGUACGGCAGCCCAUGAUCAAAAGGAAGUAGAAGAACUGGCCCGGUAUUAUGGAGUUGAAGAUGAUAAGGAUCUGGAGGAUGAGAUCGAAGUAGGGAGUGUGCUUCGGUCUGGGGGUUCAGAUUACCACUCAGCAAUUUCUUCCCUCAGACCCCAUAUAGUUCCAAAGAGGAGAGAGCCAGGGAGAGAAGAGAAAGACUGGCAAUAUCUGGGGGAAGCAGAAGAUGAAGAGGAUGACGGAUUCCCCACCUGGGGCUCUCGAGGGCACUACCAGGAAUUGAGGGAAGCCUACAGGUACGCUCGGGGCCGCUCCAGUGAGGAAUAUGAGUGCUAUGUCAUACCAGAAGAAGAGGAUGAAGAAGAAGCGGCUGAUGUUUUCUGUGUCACCUGCAAAAUUCCAAUCAGAGCUUUUGACAAUCUUUUUGGCGAGCACAAGGAUCAUGAAGUGACCCAGCUUAACACGGCAGCAGAAAAUGCCCGGGAGGAAAUUCAUAAAAACAUGUUCAAAUUGGAAGAGCAGAUUAUUCAAAUGGAAAACUUUGCAAGUCAUUUGGAGGAAGUUUUCAUUACCGUAGAGGAGAAUUUUGGAAGACAGGAGCAGAACUUUGAGUUGCAUUAUAAUGAGAUCUUGGAAAUUCUUGCUCAGAAAUAUGAAGAAAAAAUGCAAGCUUUAGGGGAAAAGAAGAGAGAGAAAAUAGAAGCAUUGUAUGAACAGUUGGUCAAUUGUGGUGAAAAUCUUGACACUUGUAAGGAACUGAUGGAAACAAUUGAAGAGAUCUGCCACGAGGAGAAGCUUGAAUUCAUAAAGGAUGCAGUAACUAUGGCUGACAGACUCGGAGAAUUCCUGAAAACCAAAACAGAUGUAGAACUUUCCGCACAUCCAGAUUUUGAAGACCAAACCAUCGAUUUCUCUGACAUUGAGCAGCUGAUGGAUUCUAUUAAUGCCAUUCCAGCUCCUUGUGCUCCAGUGAUCAAUACACAAACACCUAACUCAGCUACUGGGACAUCAGUUAAAGUGUGCUGGAGUCUCUUCUCUGAUGACACUGUAGAAAGUUACCAGCUGUCUUAUAAACCUGUCAGUGAUGGUGCACCAAGUGAGGAGCAAAAAGAGUUUUCAGUGAAUGUCAAAGAAUCACAUUACUCUGUGACUGACCUUGUGCCUAAUACCCAAUAUGAAUUUUGGGUCACAGCUUCGAAUAGCACUGGCGUCAGCCCACCAAGUGAGCGAGCAGUGUACGUGACAGCUCCUUCACCUCCCAUUAUCAAAAGCAAAGAGAUCCUAAGCUGUGAACAUGCUGCCUUGGUGCGCUGGGAAUCUGGAAACAUGAAUCCUGUGGACUCGUACACUAUUGAACUGUCUAAAGUAGACAAUGAAGAACCAGGGAAUGUUGUUACAGAGUCUAUAGUAGGAAUCCCUACCUGUGAAUCUCUAAUUCAGUUGCAACCUGGAGAAAGCUACCUAGUCUAUGUAAGAGCCAUCAAUGUGGGAGGCCCUAGUGAAAGAAGUGAGCCUGCUACUAUCCACACUACAGGUACCUACUUCUACCUUAACAAGGACACCAGUCAUCCUUUGCUGUCCAUUUCAGAAGAUGGGUUUACAAUUGUGCGCAGUAAAGGAAAAAACUCGGCAAGUGAGCCCCGUGGUAAUGACACCAGAUUUACAAGAUGUGUUGCUGUUAUGGGAAGCCUGAUACCUAUUAAAGGACGGCAUUACUGGGAGGUGGAGGUUGAUGAACAAAUGGACUACAAAGUUGGUGUGGCAUUUGAAGAUAACAGAAGAGGGGACCUUGGGGCAGACAGCUCUUCCUGGUGCAUGAGUCAUACUUAUAUAUCAUCAAGGCAUAAAUAUGAAUUUCUGCACAACGGGGUUACUCCAGAGAUCCAGAUUACAGUUCCCCCAAAGAAGAUUGGAAUCCUACUUGACUAUGACAGCUCUAGAUUAUCUUUUUUUAAUGUGGAUAUUGCACAACAUCUUUAUACAUUCAGCUAUCCGCUGCAACAUUUUGUGCAACCCUGUUUUUCUUUAGAAAAGCCUGGAUUGUUAAGAGUUUGUAAUGGAAUUUCAAUGCCAAAGUUCGCCACACUCUUCUAGACCAGAAUGGUGUCUAACAGUGGGCUCAAUUCUAGGGUUAAAAAAGUGAAGUUGACAAAAAAUGCUCCUUGAUGUUUCCUCCCCCCAAUUUCCCCUUUUGUAUCCUUCUCCCCCAUCUUUGCUUCUUGGCCUUCACCCCAAAAACAAGUACAGAUGCACUUAUGCUGGUCAGGCCUCUCUAGUCAAGAUGAAAUAAAAGAAUCAGAUAUAACCAUUACUGUUAAAGUUUUGAAAAAAUUAUGCAAACAUUACUCAUAAAGUUAAAGAUGGAAAGGAUCUUAGGGGAAACUGAUGGCUACAGAAGUAGUGACUACUCUAAGGUAACACAGACUUCUUCCAGGACAUAGAUGGUAUUUAUUAUGCUCCUAUGAGAAGAUAAAAUGAAUCUCUAACAAAUUUCAGGUCCAGGGGAGUGAGACAUUGUGGGAACCCUUGGGAACCCUCAAUCACAUCAAUUGUUGGCUCAGCUAUUAGAGUACAAUAGAAUAUGUCACAAUUUGAUUGCUUUUCCCCCACCCCUUACUCCCAACUUUUAGUAGCUUUUCAAAUAUGAUCAAAUUUGGAUAGCAUAUUUUGCGUAAGAUAAUUUUAGAUAGCAUGAAGAAUAAAACACAACUAAAACAGUUCUAGCAGCUCUUAAUGUGAUGCCUAAGAGUUGGGGAUUGAGGAUACAUACCUCAAUUGAGGAAUGACUAAACAAGCUGUAGUUAUGAUUGUAAUGGAUUACUAUGCUAUAAUGAAAAAGGCUAAAUUCAGAAAAUUUGAGACUUACACAACCUGAUACAAAGAGAAACAGAAUGUAGUAUGCAGAAAUAGCAAUACUACAUGAAGAGCUAUAAAUGACUCAGCUUUUCUCAACAAUAUAAUGAUCUAAGACAAUCCCAAAGGACUAAUGAUGAAGCAUACUAUCUAAUUCCAGUGGAAGAACUAAUAUUGUUUGAAUACAGACUGAAAAAUGCUAUUUUUCAUUUUCUUUUGAGUCUUCUUACACAAAAUGAUUAAUUUGGAAAUAUUUUACAUGAUUGCACAUGUAUAACCUAUAUUUGAUUGCUUAUGGUCUUAGAGGAGGGUGGAACAGAAUUUGGAACUCAAAACUGUUAAAAAAAAAUGUUUAACAUGCAACUGGAAAAAAAAAUAAAAACAUUACAUAUUUAAACAACAACAACAACUUAUACACUAUACUUAAAAUGAGAAGACAGAAAAUUAUAGAAAAUGCCUGGAGCAGCUAGGUAGUGCAGUGGAUAGAGGACCAGCCCUGAAGUCAGGAGGAUCUGAGUUCAAAUUUGGCCUCACACUUAAUACUUCCUAGCUGUGUGACCCUGGGCAAGUCACUCAACCCCAAUUUUCUCAGCAAUUAAAAAAAAGAAAAUGUCAAGGCUUCCAUGUCAUUUCUGGACCAUUUCCAAACCAUGCUACCACUCAUAUAUACAUCUUUCUCCAUUCUAACCCCGCUUUGUGUUGCCUUCCUCUAAUAGAAAGUAAGCAUUUUGAUGACAGUCUGUCUUGCUAGUUUGUAUUUGAAUUCCUAGUAUUUAACACAUAAUGUUUAAUAAAUGCUUUCUUAUUCAAUUUGGAGAGAGAUCAUUGUGUACAGGGAAGAGCUUCAGAGGGGAAGCAGGAUUCAAUUUUGACAUAAGUAUCAAAUUACAUGGUUAUCCCAUAAACAAACAUUCAAAGGAUAGUGAUUAUGUUCCUAUCUUCUUUUUUUUUUUUUUUCUAAAUUAUAGCUUUUUAUUUACAAGUUAUAUGCAUGUAAUUUGACAGCAUUGACAACUGUUAAACCUUUUGCUCCAAUUU